AUGGGGCGACCAGGCGGCUACGUGAAGCCGUGCAAGUUCUUCCUCCAAGGCACAUGCCGCAACGGCAACAAUUGUCGCUUCUCACACGAUGCUUUUGGCAGCAAUGGUAACCGUAACAACGGGAGUAGCGGUGGCUUUGGCUCACAGUCGCAGUCUCCGUUCGGGAACAAUGGCAACUCGACGUCGAGUACUCAAGGCGUGACAAUGACGGAGUCCGGGCGUGCGCUGGCAAUUGAGGAGCUUAAGGCCCCACCAAUCUGGCCUCUCUCAGGCUUCGCAGUUGCGAAAGGCCUGCCCAGUGUUGUUGGAGGCGAUGUAAGUGCUGAAGAAGCACGGUGGGAAGCUUAUCAAGAGCUAAAGACGUCGGGCAAUUGUAUGCAGUCCACACAGAAGCUGCAGACACUGGCGGCAGAGCAGCAGAACCAUCGACAACGAAUCGUGUCGCUUCUGGAGAACCACCAGUCUGCGCAGAAGCUGUUUGCUGGUGAGCCACUGCCUGGAUCAGGGGUUUCUGUCGUGCAGGGUGGAGCUACGAACCCGUUCGGAGGAGGAGCCGCUGCAAGUCCAUUUGGGGCGGCGACUCUAGCAGCAUCACCGUUUGGAGGAGCCGCUGCUAGCCCAUUUGGAGGAGGAUCGACAACAGCGUUUGGUGCUCCAUCAAUGCUAGGGUCGGGAGGAGGGUCAACUUUUGGCGGUGGUGCUGCGGCUAAUCCGUUUGGAGGAAACACUGCUGCUACGUCUGCAUCUCCAUUCGGUAAGCCAGCUACGCCUGCUGCGAGUCCGUUCGGGGCCUUUUCUACGACUGCCUUUGGAGGGGCCACCGCGGCUCCAUCAUCUUCUCCGUUUGGUGGAGGUGCGUCGUCUACAGCUUCGCCGUUAGGAGGAUUCGGUGGAGGUGGAGCAAAACCGACGUCCUCGCCUUUUGGUGCUGGCGCAGCGACACCAACAUCCUCACCGUUUGGAGGUGGUGCCGUUCCAGCAUCCUCAGCGUUUGAAGCGCCUUCAAGCUCACCUUUCGGCGGCUCGUCAGGAACGACAACAGGUAGCGCCAACCCUUUCGCUGGCGCAACAUCAACGAAUAGUUCCACGGCGACAACAUUCGGUGGAUCUUCAUCAGGCUUCGGUACGCCCGCUAAUAGCACUGCUCCAUUUAGUGCGUCCUCAUCUUCCAGCACUACCACCUCAUCUCCAUUUGGGGCAUCCGUGGCACCAUCGAGUAGUCCGUUCGGUGCUCCUGUGACUUCAACAAGCGCCACUAGUGGGUUUGGAGGAUUUGCACACCCAGCAGCGAGUAGUUCAUCGUCGACGUCGACCACCACAAUGACACCGAUACCUCCCCCGCCAGCACCGAAAAUCGUUGGCCCUUCGCCUGAUUCUCGCGACGACGCGUGGAACGUAGAGCAGUUCCAGCUAGCAGAGUUUACGUUGGGUAUGGUGCCCACUGUGCCACCUCCACCACAGUUCUGCUAA